AUGUCUUCUUCCAGGCAACGAGUGCAGCAGGUCCGCAACCCGGUUCUCCCUGCCAAGGCAACACCGGAGCAGAAAUACUGGCGUCGUUUUCUUAACCCGCAGCUCAUCAAGGAAAACCACCCCAUCACUCACAUUCACUUCAAUCCAGUCAGUCCCCAUGACUUUGCAGUGACUUCAUCCACAAGAAUCCAGGUGUUCUCGUCUAAGACAAGACAGGUAAUCAAGACAUUUUCUCGUUUUAAGGAUGUGGUUUACUCGGGUGAAUACCGUUACGAUGGAAAACUUUUGGUCGCUGCCGAUGCCCUGGGUCUUGUGUCCAUUUUCGACGCCUACCAGCCGCGUAACCUCUUGGUCAGCUUGAGUCCAUCUUCUCACCCUACUCACGUGGCCAAGUUUCACCCAACUGUGGGUAAUCAGCUCAUCACUGGCUCAGACGACCGAGUUGUGCGUCUCUAUGAUAUUUCUCAAACAACCAGUGGACCGAUCGUACAAUUUGAUGAAACUUUCCACGGAGAUUAUAUCAGAAGCUGUAACUUUAUCCCAGGAAACCCGAAUUUGGUGACCACUGGAUGUUACGACGGGAUUGUCCGUAUUUUCGAUACAAGACAGCAACAAAUGGUUGCGCUGUUUGACCAAGGAAAUCCCGUGGAAGACGUUUUGGCACUUUCCCCCACCACCCUCGUAAGUGCUGGUGGUCCUAAGGUUAGAGUUUGGGAUUUAGCUCGUGGCUCCAGAAUCCAGGAGUUUAAUAACUUCGCCAAAACUGCCACCACUUUGCAUGAUACAGGAGAGAAGGGUUUACUUGUCGGAUCUUUGGAUGGUCACGUCAAGGUGUUUGACUACACCUCCACAAACUGGGAUGUGAAGUUUGGUUGGAAGUUUGGCAGUGGAGGAGUGUUGUGUUCUGCUGUCUCGCCAAACUUUAAGCACUUCGCAACUGGUUUGACUUCUGGUUUGCUUUCCAUCAGAACUAGAAAGACAGAGACUUCUGUGACUCAAGAAAAACAAGCGAGAACAAGCACCUAUGCCAGAAUCAUUAAGGGUUCCGAGUAUCACGGAGAAGAAGAAACUACCGUUGUUUACACCAGCGGACCUCUGACGAAAAAAUUGAAGCAAUUUGAGAAGCAUUUGAACGCAUUCAAGUGGGCCGAGGCAUUGGAUAGUGCAGUUACAACUGGACUUCCUAAAGAGCAGACGGUGUCGCUCUUGAACGAGUUGAAGAAGAGAGGAAAAAUUAGAAUUUCAUUGUACGGCCGUGAUGAGAUCUCUCUCAUGCCUAUUUUGCAGUGGUUCAUCAAGAACAUCGAGGAUGUUCGUUCCUUCAAUAUCAUUUGUGACUUUGUUGCUGUAAUCCUUGAGAUGUAUGGCAACUUGGUUGACAAGAGUGUGACCUUAGAAGAGGCAUUUGCCAACUUGUCCAAACGAAUAACUACUGAGGUCAAAAAGUGUCGGGAGGCUAACGAGAUCAGUGGAAUGUUGGAAUUGUUGGCGGUGUAA